CAUAAAAUUAUUAUGAGUCAAGUUAGAAUUGUCAUAAUAUUAAGUCCGGGCUGGGCUUCAAAAUUUGGAUACGAUUAUGAACAUUCUCCUUUUUCUACAAGUUCUUCUGAUGAACUUAAAAA